AUGACGGGCCUGGGCCUGGGCCUCAGAACGGGCACGAGAAGCUCAUCAGCAAUGAAGGUGGUGGCGCAGGGAACAAUCUUUAAAGUUUGGAGGCCGUGAGAUUCAGCAUCAGCACUUGGGGGUGGCGCUUAUCAGAUAGAGCUCCCUUGUCUUAAGCGGAGGCAUCGGAGUGGGGUCUGCUCAAAGCUGAAACUUCUCUGCAUGUAGAAAGCCAGUUUUAGCUCUCUACGGGCUGCAUGGUCUGUUGUCAUGCUUAGGGUCCCAAUGCAGGAGGCUUGAACUGACUGCUUGCGCACCAUCAGUCCAGCAGAUCUAAUGCCGACAUGUGCUGAUGUGACCGAUUGCACCAUGUCGGUCGAAUUAUCAAAUCGGGGGGAGGGACCAGCUUCCAAUGGGGAGCUGCAUGAUGACGUCAGCGAAGGUAACCUGGACACAAAGCGCCUGCUGACGCCCCGUAGAAGACAGACUGGCGGGUAUGAAGAAAUCGCAAUGGACAUUGGCCGCCCAAGCCCAGACGGAACCGCUCUCCUUCUGGAGUCGAUGUCCCAUGAAAUUAUGCGCCUGCGAGUGGCCACCGGCGGACUCGCUAUCUUUGCGGUGCUGGCGACAUUCGUGGCAAUCGGGCUGGCCAUAACUAGGUGGGAUGCAAGCGCGCCUCCCCCAGUCGGCCGCAGCCCCUGUUUUGACAACAGCAUAUAUCAGGAUUACGGGCCGAUAGCAAAGCAGAUCAUCUCUGUGGCGACAUCCGGGCCCAGCUUCGGAGACGAGAUCCAUAAGCGCCUCGAAAAGCUGUGCUUCACCUUUGGUCCAAGGUUCAGCGGUACCGACGCUCUGAACUCAGCUAUUGAUUGGGUGGCGGAGGAGAUGACGCUGGACGGGCUGGAGAAGGUGCACAAGGAGGCGGUAGCCAACAUCUCCAACUGGAAGCGCAACGAGGAGUGGGUCUACAUGCUGCAGCCGCGCCUGCUGGAGCUGCCCAUGCUGGGCCUCGGGGGGAGCGUGGCGGGGAACGUCCAGGGACAGCUGAUCGCCGUGGCGGACUGGGACGAGCUGCAUCUGCGCGCUGAUGAGGUCGCUGGCAAGAUCGUGCUCUUCAACGUGCCCUUCACCACGUAUUCGGAGACUGUACAAUACCGCUACCGCGGGGCCAUCGAGGCAGGCAGGCUGGGGGCAAUUGGGGCGCUCCUUCGCUCUGUCAGCAGCUUCAGCAUGGGCAACCCGCACACAGGCGCCACACGAUACGAGGAGGGGACGCAGCCGAUCCCCUUUGCGGCGAUCGCAGUAGAAGCGGCAGAUUUGAUCCAGGGCCUGCUGGGCACGGGGCAGGCCGUCGAGGUGCACCUGCAGAUGACCGCCCAAACCGAGGCCCCCGCGCAGGCCUUCAACGUGAUGGGCCAAGUGACCGGGGGAAUGACCCCCGACGAGGUGGUCGUGCUCGGGGGGCACAUCGACUCCUGGGACGUGGGCCUGGGUGCGAUGGACGACGGGGCGGGCUUGCUGGUGUGCUGGCACGCCGUGCGCCUCAUACACACGCUCGGGCUGCGGCCAAGGCGAACGAUACGCGUGGUGGGCUGGGCGAAUGAGGAGCAAGGGCGGGUCAACGGGGUGCUUGGGGCCGACGUCUAUGCUGCGAAGCACCGGGACGAGCGGCACGUCCUGGCUAUUGAGUCGGACAGCGGGGCAUUCAACCCGCUGGGCUUCACAUACCUGGGUCCCGACAGCGCCCUGCGGACCAUGCAAGCGCUUUCCGGCACGCUGCUGGGGGCGCUCAACGCGACGCAGGUGGUCAACGGCACGGGAACGGGGGCGGACGUGCUGCCGAUGUACGAGACGCAAGGGACGCCGGCGCUCGAGCUGCUGACGGAUGCGACCAGGUAUUUCUGGUACCAUCAUUCAGUAGCAGAUACGCCUGAUAAAAUGGAUCCGGAUGAACUUGCACGCUGCGCAGCUACCUUAGCAGUCAUAGCAUAUACAGUUGCAGAUUUGGAACAACCGCUGUAUAUACCUAGAUGAUCAAUUUCGUUUGGACAACUUGCUCGCAGUUUUGAAUUUUGAUCGAAACGUGCUUUGACCAUAUUCGCAUGCAAUGCGGUCUUGGGAUUAGUCAGUCGCACUGACCUUG